AUGGCCCAUGUUAGUUUCUCCGUGGCUAAGAAACGCCCCGGGCAACAAAAGAGAACCUACACCCGCCUCAAGUCCCCCCUGAAUGCUUGUCGCCAUGAAAUCGAGAGGCUCUACAUGGUCGAUGGGUGGGAAUUACGAAGGAUCAUACAUCAUAUCACGAUCAACUAUGGUAUAACUCAGUCAGUCAAGCAGUACAAGGACCAGCUCAAGAGCUGGGACGUCAGAAAAAACCACACCUGCACGGACGCUGCCUUUAUCUUGCGACUCUUGAACCAAGCCAGGUCAGAAGGACGUCCUCGUGAAGAACAGGUCGUUCUCUUCUCGUCCUUCCCCCGUCGCAGGGAGGACAUAGCAAAGUACAUCAAGAGAUCCAAAUUGAAGGACGAAGACGACCUACUCUCCAAAAUCUCAGAUGCAGAUGAAACUCCUCCUCAUAUCAAACUACUGGGAUCCCCAAUUGAGCCAAAUUUCCCUCAGGUACUGCUUACACCUCCGUCUGAGCUUCUGUGUUAUCCGUCAGCUCCAGUCGGCUAUUCUGACUUACUCAACCUUGGCAUGCCAACGCCAGACAUUACUCCCCAAUCAACACCGCAACGAUCAGAACAAGGAAACGAAUCCAAGAGAUCGUCCCUGGCGACUUCGGAAGAAGGAUCUUAUAUCAUGGACCUGGAUCCAGACUCCUUUUACAUUCCAGUGGGGCAUACCUCUCUACCACCGCAGCCAGCCAUAGGUAGCAUAAUCAGGCCGUUCAAGCUUGAGCCUCAACAGGAAUACUUUAAGGAUUGUGAGAUUCCCGAUUGGUCAGUGGAGGUCACACACGCUCUGCUUUCCUCAACGCCACCCAACAUCAAGGACCUAGGCUUUGAUGCAGCCAGGUUUGGGAUAUACACCCAGAGUCCCCAACUGAAUGAUGGCACUGAUACAGCCUGGUUCGUGACCAACUGCUUAUACUGGUUGAUCUGCGUUGGACAAGAAGACCCCAGCUGCACAGCCAAUGCACCAUAUUAUCUGGAUCAGGCCAAAUUUUUCUUUUUGUGCAUGAUCAGUGAUCCGAUCGCACCAGGAGAAUCAUGCAUUGUCGCCUUGACAGUAGCAAAUGUACUGUUCAAUUGCCUUGGUCAUACAGAGAGGCUGCUGGAGCUGCUGACGGAAAUGGACGAGGUUACCAAAAUGCACCUCGGAGGGAAUAAUCCACUGCGAUUGACCAUAGCGUUUGAAAAGAAUAUUCUCCAUCCCAACACGCGUGGCAGCUGCAUUCACGACCUGGAACAGCUCAGAUACGUCCACUCCCGAAUGCGGAAAGAGUACCCAAACUCUCAUGGUCCAGCACUGAUGGCGAAAUAUCACAUCGCCUGGGCGAUGCUGGAAAAUGAACUGAAGGCGGACAAGAGGAAGCGGAAUUUCCUUCCAGUGAAAGGCAUGCUAGAGGGCCUUCUCCAAGAUUUCAAGUCUCAUUUCGGUCCACAUCGCAUUGAGAUCACAAUGGCAGCGGCAACGUUGGCCAGAGCCACCUUCCGGUCUGGCGAUGCCGAAAAGGCCGAAGGGAUUAUUGCUGACGAAGUGCUGCCACGUUUACGCCAGAAUUUCCCCGAGGACCACCCGUACACGUGGGAAGCAAAGCACCGCCAUGCAUACUUUCUCUAUCAGCUGGCCAAGUAUGAGCCAGGGUUGACCGGCAAACGACGACUUCAACAUGGCGAGCAAAUACUCCGAGAAGUUGUCCGUGAACGUCGACGAGUCCUGGGCGAAGGCAAUGUGAAAUCCAUCAAGUCAUUUGAACUGUUGAAGACCAUUCUGGAGAAACAAGGCAAGACUCACGAAGCAAGUUCGCUCUGGCAAUGGUGCGAACGUCAGCUCUGA